AAAGUAAUGUUGAUAAUCAGCUGUCACAGCAACAAUCGCAACAAUACCGAGUGCAAUUAUCUAUUUAAACACCCACUGUGCAAAAUUCAGUUUGUAUUAUCACACGACAAUAAAAAACUUACGUCAUAACAGCAGUGAACCAAAACAAGUUUCCCGAAAAAAAUCAGAGUGAAGGAAUAACCUGCAAGUCCGGUAAACUCAGGUAUGAAACUUCAAAAAUAAGAAGAAAGUACUGGAGAGCUUGCAAGUAAUCCCAUUAUUUAAUUACCAAUUUUUUUAAAAGUUCCAACAUGCAGCCCAGAUCAACAUCAUACACUAGUUUACUUUCCUUAGUGAUCGUCUCACUCUGAUAAUGUUUAGAUAGUUAGUUAAUUAAUUAAAUACUCAUUUUAAUUAAUUCGAACGAUGGACGAAAUACUAUUCCGACUCUCCAGCAACCUCGAAGCUCUCCAGAUCGAAACGGCUUCAAUAGCCCAACAAACCUAUCAACUGGUGUUGUCCUGGUUAACAGAGUGCCAACGAAUGCUUCAAAGUGUUUGCAGUGAUCAGUACAGUCAACAUAUCAAGGAUCUGGGAUCUUUUACAGCAUCGUUGUACCACAGAGCGUAUGAUAAUAUUCAUUUUGGUUAUUACAGCGCGAGGAUUAACUUCCGUGAUUUUUAUAGACAAUUAGGAGGCUUGCAAUCGAGUGAUGUAUCAAAGAGAGACGUAGCUUUUUGCACAAUAGGCCUAGCAAUUGGAAUUUUUAUUGGAUAUAAUGUUGGAUUAAACUGGAAGCAAAAAGUCAAACGUAUACAUUAUAUGAAAGCUAUAAUAUGUCAUCACUAUGCUGGAGUAGAGGGAGUCUCGUUAAUUGACGACGCGGAAAUACCAUCAAUACAGCGAUCAAACGAACUGCUAAUCCAAGUGAAAGCGGCAUCAGUAAAUGUAGUAGACGCUAAAAUAUGCUCAGGAUACUCAAAAGCGUACCGUAGAAUAUUGAAUUCUGGACAACAGAAAGAAUUGCCAGUGGUGCUUGGACGGGACUGCGCGGGAAUAGUCGUUGAGAUUGGUCAGAGUGUCCUUGGAUUUGACGUGGGAGACGAGGUAUUUUUGGCGGUACCAUCUUGGGCCUCUGGUACCAUGUCUGAGUAUCUAGUGGUGGCCGAAAAUCAAGUAGCCAAGAAGCCUAAACUGAUAACUUUUGAAGCCUCGGCUUGCUUGCCUUACAGCGGGUGUAUUGCUUGGAAUGCUUUAGUCAACGAAUCUAUUAUUGAAGAAGGAAAUGCUCAAAAUAAAAGAGUGUUAAUUUAUGGAGGAUCAACACCAGUGGGAUGUAUUUUAAUUCAAUUGAUAAAAUUAUGGGGUGGACAUGUAACAGUGAUCUGUAAAUUAGAGUCCGCCAAAGUUAUAAAAGCCCUGGGAGCUGAUGACAUCAUCCCGUCAAAUGAUUGUGAUAUUUAUAAAGAAUUAGAACUUCAUGAUAAAUAUCAUGCAAUAUUUUACACCGAAGACCAUCCAAUCGAUUGUCGAGCUUUAAAGAGACAAUUGAUGCCUUAUGGAUCGUUUGUAUCAACAGUCCCAGAACACUUAGCCUCUGAUUCAUUCGGGUUCAUAUCCGGGACUCUGUUUGCCGGGUGUGUAAGAAUAAAACUAUUGGUCCAGUAUGUGUUUGGAAGCAAUAUAAACCAGUGGAACGAGGGCUCGAAGAUAAAACCUUCUUACCUGGAGACUCUACGCGAGUUAGUGGACGCAGAUCAAUUGCAGAGUGUUGUGGGUGCUGCCUUCCGGCCUAAUCACAUUGAACAGGCGUUACAACACGUUCUAGAUCCAGAUGCGAUUGGUAGUACAAUUAUUAAAUUUAGAUGACUGCUCAAUGUCUUCUUGGUUAUUAUAUAUUUAUAUUAUAACAUAUUAACUAAUAAUUUAACAGAGUAACUAAAUGGUGAUUAUAAAAUUAAUUCAGGUGAAUCAUGUUUGUAUCGAUCAACUCAGUCCACAUGUACAGUCUUUUAAGUCACGAUAGUUUUUUAUCGCGAUUGUUGUAUUGUAUAAGGGAUGUUUAAAGUUUAUUAUAAAUAUCUACAAUUUAUUUUACGAAAUAAAUCUAUUGUCAUUAAUA